UAGUCAAAGAUGAAGAUUUAUUAAUAGAAAUAGAAGACAAAGAUUCAAUCAUAGGAGGUGAAGGUUCAACGGUAGGUAGAGCAGAAGAAUUAAUGGCAGGUAAAGUAGCAGGAACGAUGGUAGGUAGAGCAGAAGAAACGAUAAUAGGUGGAGCAGAAGAAUUGCAAGCAGGAUUAGAAACAAAUGCGUUACUUGUGUAUAAAUUAAUUGCGGAACUAAAUAUGAUUGUUGAAAAUACGAAUUACUAUGCUGUAGCAAAAUCGGCGGCUAAAGGGCGUGAGUGGGUUCCUUUAACGGUAGAAGAAUUAUUGAUAUGGUUAGCUUUAGUAAUUUACAUGGGUAUUUUUAAAUUGCCGAGUAGGGAAGACUAUUGGAAAACGGAUUGGAAAUAUCCACAACAUAAAGUUAUUAAAUACAUGACAUUAGUUCGAUUUGAACAA